AUGAAACAAUUCACUUCAUUUGCUGGGUUGGUGGUUGUUUAUGGUUCAAUUAGAUAUUCAAUAAUAUACAUUCCAUUCUAUCAACGAAAUAUUGAGUCAUACUCUGCAAGUUCACUUACUACAGUUGGAUCUGUAGCCUUAGUUACCAACAUAAGCCAAUAUAAUGACCUUGAACGCGAAAUAAAGAAUAUAUCACAAAUUUACAAAACCUAUAUUGGAUUCACUUAUGUUGAUGCAUCAAUUAAUGGGAAUAUAUAUAACAAAUUAACUGUAGUAUCACCAAAUGGCAAUGUUUUAAAUAAUUAUGCCAAAUCCAAUUUAGUACCUUUCAUAGAAAGUCAAAUAAUAACUGCUGGACCAAAUGUUUUGCAAACUAGUGUUACUUCAGAUUUUGGUAUUAUUGGAGGCGCAAUUUGUUUUGACUAUGAUUUUCCAAGCCUUAUUGGUCAAGCAUCAAAAAAUAAUGUUGAUUUCAUGAUACAACCUUCAAAUACUUGG